UAAACAAACCUGCACCAGCCACGAUCUGUUGACGUCUUCUGAACCAACAGUCACAUUCAGCGAGACCUUCAGUGUAUCACCUCACUUCACACACAGGCGCUUUGUGAAAAUGACGAAUCUGCGACCGAGACUGCAACUGACUGACGUCAUCUGGAAUAAAGACAACAAAUCACCGGUUGCUAUGAUCCCCAGUUAAACUAGAUCACCGGCUUGUUGUUAUUCAGGUGUGACUAUGGGGAAGUCAAUUUCCCACCUCACCAAGCAGACAAGCGAUGACGAGGACCGGCUCUCCUCUCCUGAGGACGAUCAAACUGAGGAUGGCAAGGACGGAGACGUCUCCCAGUUUCCUUACGUGGAGUUCACAGGACGGGACAGUGUGACAUGUCCCACAUGUCAGGGCACAGGGAGGAUACCCAGAGGACAAGAAAAUCAAUUGGUGGCAUUGAUUCCAUACAGUGACCAAAGGCUACGGCCCAGGAGGACGAAGUUGUAUGUCUCAGCGUCAGUGGUGGUCUGCCUGUUACUGUCCAGUCUGGCCGUGUUCUUCCUCUUCCCUCGCUCCAUCGACGUCUCCUAUGUUGGGGUGAAGUCUGUUUUCGUCAGCUACGACCAAGACAAGCGCAGCGUCUAUCUCAACAUCACAAACACUCUCAACAUUACCAACAACAACUACUACUCAGUGGAGGUGGCCAACAUCACAGCCCAGGUGCAGUUUGCCAAGACAGUGAUCGGUAAAACUCGCAUCAAAAACAUCAUUGCCAUCAGCCCUCUGGACAAGAUACAGACUGAUUAUAUGGUUCCCACCAUCAUCGCAGAUGAGAUGAGCUACAUGUAUGACUACUGCACCCUGCAAACCAUCAGGGUUCACAACAUUGUCGUCAUGAUGCAAGUCACUGUCACAACAACGUACUUUGGCCACGUGGAGCAGGUGUCUCAGGAGAUGUACCAGUAUGUGGACUGUGGAGGGAACACCACCUCUAUCAGAGGGAUGCCCCAGCCCUUCAACAUCCCACAUCCUGCUGAGUAACCCCCACCUGUGUGCUCCUCACUGGCCCUGACUCAGGCCCUGGAUGGUCACCCUAGGUGCUUUACGGUGUUCCCUCUUCUUCUAUACCUGCAGGGUCUAACAAUCUGCUGUUGACAUGAAAGUGUGGAGUGGAAUUCAAAACCAACACUAACAAAGACAACACUGAGAUAAGAAUUGCUCCCAGAAAAGUUUGCAAAGCAAAAGUGUUGACGUGUGUGGAAGCCCAUUGCAUUCAGCAAAGAAAGCAAAUCAACGGGAGUGCUUUGCUAAUUAAGAGAUCUGUCUCCAAAAGAUGUUUUUGUCACAAUUACAAGUGAACUUUUUCAUAAUUAAGAGAUCCUACAUCCUAUAUCUACUAAGUACUAAGUUUCUCUUAACUCGUGUUUGAAAUAAUUCAAAGGUGUUUCAUAUUUACAAGAUCCAUGACUCGUAAUUAUAAGAAAACAGUUGAGCAAAAAUAAUACUUAGUAGUUAUGAAAAGACCAUUGCAGUAAGUAGUAAACAGUGCAAUUGCAGUUUACACGUGUCAUAACUACAAGACCUGUUUUUGACAGUUGGGAGAAAUAAUAUCUAUAAUAUUCAAAUUUUUACAGAAAACCCAAUCUUUUAAAAUUACAAAAUCAUGACCUUGAAAUUAAGAGAGGAGAAUUUGCUACACUAUAGUGUAAUUAGAUUUAGUUAAAGCAUAUCGAUUAAACAAAAUAUUUUUUAAACUCAGAUCCAUAUUUUGAAAUAUGAAUCUAAUUAUUAUGAGAUGCUAAUAUAUGAUUCUACCGAAUGUGGCAAACCUUUUCUCCUUGAUGAAUGCAGUGUGCACUCCACAAUGUCGACUGGUUUAGGUGGCCCGCCAUUCAGCUGCUUGGGUGGGUGUGUGUUUGAUGGUCCAGGUGCAGCUCUGACUUUUCAGUUCUCUUUUCCACCUCUUGUGUGUUGUAGUGCAUGAGAAUGUGAGGCGGUGAGGAGUUUUAUCUUCCACCACCGUCUCAAAGCUGUGAGCAGUUCAUUUCUGUUUCACUAACAAAAAGUUUUGUCGCUGCUUCAUUAAGUUGUCUUCUUCUGUUUAUGUAGGCCUGCUGAUUUUAUCUCUAAUAUAAGUGCCAACAAAAUACCUGAAUUUCAACACCAACUUUGUUUUUCGAUAUCUUUGUUUGCAGUGUUUGAUGCCAGAACUAAUUUCAGUAUAAGAAGUGGUGGCACAUCUGUCUUUUCCAUGAUGUAAGAUUAGGUUUAUAGAUACAUGAGUCACCAUCAUAUCUCAACUGUAAUUAUUAUCCAGAGUAUCUAGUAGGCUAAAAGGUUGCUCUGUUUUUCUGCCUCACAUGCUGAAAGUUAAGUAUUGGAUUCAAUGUGUUAUAAUGUCUACUGAAAUAUAACAUCUGUUAUCAUGACAAUGCUCUUAGAUAAUUUUGGAUUUGCAAAAAGAGGGCGUAUGUUAGAAGAAUAAGCUAAAAAACAUCAUUAUUAUUUAAACUAUUUAAACCAUAAUGCACUACAUAGGUCUAUUUAAAGGGCACAUUUUAUUAUUGGUCUCCAGUUCUCUAAAACGUGUGUAUCCACCACAGUGUGUCGAGCUCUGUGAAGAUAAGUCAUGAAAACAUGGUGAUGUUACAGCACAAAAAUAUUCAGAUGCUGUUCUGUCGGACACUGACAUAAGUUCAUUUAUCUGUAUCUGCUUUGUUGUUUUUUUACAAUCUGCUUACUUGCCUAUAGUAGCUUUUGGCUGUCAGGUGCUCAGUAUUGGUUUGUUGCUUAAAUGGAGGCUUUUGUGUUGCAUUCCAAUUUAAAGAUAGAGGUGAACAUUCUGAUGGGGGCAGGUGGUAACAAUUUCUGAUGUGGGAGCUGUCCAACUUUUAAGAGAAAGUCUGCUUGUUUUUUUAUCAUUCCACUGUCGGGAUAGAUGGUUUUAAUCUAAUGUUUGCAAUUAAAGAGUUAUGGCUUCAUCACACCAGAAUUCAAAAUAACAUUUGGGGUAAAGUCGGUUCAUUUCAGAGAAAUCAAUGGAUUUCCUCAUCUGGGAGGAAGUUCAUUUCAUCACAUCUUGCACAUCAUCUUCAACUUGGGGAACUUUGAGAUAUUUCAGCCAGUAAACAAAAGCAAAAGUCGUUAAGUGAUCAGGGGCCUCAUUUAUUAAACAGUGCAUGAGACUCAUACUAAAAGUGUACGUGCGCACGAAAGCCGCAAAUGGCGUAAGCAAAAAAAAAAUCUAAAUUAUAAAACCGUGCCCAUGCUGACCUGAACGCAAUGCUCACUUUAUAAAUCACUGUCUACCCGAGAAUAUUAAAUUAUCCUGCUGACCAAUGGAUUUCCACCAUGAGUCAUGACCGUAACGGCAUCAAGCAAUCAGAAGAGGAAGCUAAACUUUCUGACACUGACAUCGAUGUGUUUGCUAAUCAGGUAGAGGUGAAGAGAGAUGUUAUGGGAAAGCAGUGAUGUCACUAAUAAAGAAAUACCUGAUAAACUGCUGCUGCUGUUAUUACAGUAAUGAGAGUGAGCACGAUUGAGUGAACGGCGCCUGAAAUAAAAAAAAGAUGAAUGUGAGGAGACUUGUAUCACCUGUUCGUAUUUGAAUCAUCCAAAACUGCAGGAAUAUUACAUUCAGAGACAGAUGUGAUGUCCUCAAUCUAUAGAAUUUAACAUAAUUAUUAUUAUAUGCUUGUGUUUGUACUGGGAUGGUUCGGUUCCGUUGGUCCGCUGGUUUGUGAGAUACUGAACUCAAUUCAGCACAAAGAUCACAGAUCUAUGUAUAUAUCUUCUUCAAUUAAAUAAAAGUUAGUUUUAGUGUUAAUGAUGAAGUGGGUCAUUAAUCUGGCUUCAGUUCACCACCUCACGUCUGCAGCGCCACUUUACCAUCUCCAAAUUCUUCGUACACGUGAAGUUUUCGUGGAAAUGCGCAGAUUUUGCCGUCAAGUUUCUUAAUAUAAAUCUCAACAUUUGCGUGAGAACGUACGCACGUUUCAGGCCCCGUUUUGUGCAUACGGAACUGAUAUAAAUGAGGCCCCAGAUCUUUUUGGGUGAGUUUCACCAUGUGUUUCCAUAUCCGCCUGCUCUCGUGGAGUAAAAGCUGCUCCACAGAAGAGGCUGCUUUGUACAGAGUCAUGAGUUUAAACAGCAGAAACAUAGGUAUAUGUAUAUGAAAGUCAACAUGGAGUAGCAAUGUUUAUUCAGUUAAUGUUAAAAUGUGUUUAUUCUGUCUUCACAUGUAACUAAUAGGUUGGGAAGAUUAAACUACAUCUGUAACUUUUGUUCCUAUAUAGAAAAGCACACUUGAAUUGUUAUUUAAUCCAAAAUGCACCUUUAACAAUCCCGAUGAAAACUCACUGUAGUAGUAGUAUUUAUUUAGGACUCCUAACAUAAACCCUUAACAACCCACUUGAACAAUAACUUUUAAAAAACAUGACUCCUACCUCUUCUGACAUGUUGUUGCUAUGUAUUUGUUUUGAAUAAAGUUUUACAAUCAA